AAUUGAAGUCAACGGGGUGGGUCAUAAGUUUACUUUUUUGCCAUUUGAUCUAAUUGAAAUAAUUAGGCUUAAAAGAGAAUUACAACUGAUGACAGCCAUUGCUCGAUAUGAGUAUUCCCUCUGAUGAUCCGAAAAUAGCCAAAUAGACUUAAUUUAGGUCAUUUUGAGAAAUGUGCUGACAACAAGAAAGGACUGAGAAUCGGAAUAAUUGUAUGGAAAUUACACAUCCAUUUUUACGCCCCAAAGUAUUCACAGUAUAUAAAAAGGAGGCCCAUAUGUUACAAAUCAUCAACGUCUCUUCCAAAGAAGAUACACUGAGAUCGAACCAAGUUCAACAAUCCAUCUUUAUCAACAUGAGUCACAGCCAGCACAAGCAGACCCAUUCUCUUUCUGGACACUUCAAGCCAAGUGUUCAUCUUAGCAGUCACUCUCCCAAACUUCCCAGCCAUAUGUCUUCAAGUCAUCAUGGAGGUUCCCAUUAUGGAGGAUACCAUAAGGUUCAUCAUAUAUCUCAUAAUUCUCAUAGUGGACCCAUCAAGCCACUUGUCUUUUCCAAACAUUCUUCUUUGAGCCAUGGAAGCAGCUAUGGAAGUGGACACAGUAGCCAUAAUCAUGAAAGCCAUUUUAACAACAUUGGGAGCCAUGGUGGUUGGAAGACUGAGGGAUUUUUCAGCGUCAAUGAGAAGGAAACAAUGCAACUUCUGAAUGACCGUCUUGCUACCUAUCUUGAAAAGGUCCGUUCUCUAGAACAAGAAAAUACUCAACUUGAGAAGAAGAUCUGUGAAUGGUAUGAGAAAAAUGCUCAUACAUCACUGCCCGAUUUCCAACAUUACUACAAGACCAUUGCGGAACUUCAAAAUAAGAUAACAGCAGCCUCUGUGGAAAAUUCAAAGAUUGUCCUUCAGAUUGAUAAUGCAAGACUAGCGGCUGAUGACUUCAAGAACAAAUACGAAAUGGAGGUUAGAUUGAGAAACUUUGUUGAGACGGACUUGAAUGGAUUACGCAAAGUUCUUGAAGGCUUAUGCAUAGAAAGGGCAGAUCUGGAGAUGCAACUUCAAAGUUUGCAGGAUGAAUUGCUUCAGAUGAAGAAACAUCAAGAAGAGGACCUCACUGCUCUGCGCAACCAGCUGGGAGCCAGGAUCAAUGUGCAAGUGGAUGCCGCACCAUCUGUAGACCUCAACAGAGUCUUAUCUGAAAUUCGAGAGCAAUAUGAAAACUUGAUGGACAGGAACCUCAAGGAGGUUGAGAGCAUGUUCAUUGCUAGGAGUGAAGAACUGAACCGCCAGGUGGCUUCUGGGUCUGAACAACUGCAGACAGUGCAAACGGAAGUCCUUGACCUUAAGCGUUGCCUGCAGACACUGGAGAUUGAACUGCAAAGUCAACUUAGCAUGAAAUCAGCUCUCGAGUGCUCCUUGGCAGAGACUGAAGCAACAUUUGGCAACCAGCUUUCCCAUUUACAAAGCCUUAUCGACAAUGUAGAAAAUCAGCUCUCAAAGAUCCGCUCAGAACUGGAACGCCAGAUCCAUGAGUACAAGAUUCUUAUGGACCAAACUACCUACCUAGAGAUGGAGAUCACCACAUACAAAAGACUGCUUGAAGAACAGGACCUCCACAUGCCAGAGCAGCGCCAUCAGGAAAACAUGAACAAAGAUAUAUCACUUAACCUCCCAAGACAUCAUGAAAAACAUCAAGAUUCUGACCAUGGAAAACCCCACCAAACCAAGGAACAUGGUCACCAAGCCAAGUGAUUAUCUAAUCAUCAGGACCCAAUACAGUGUUGACUGAAGAUGGAAUUUAUUUCUAUGAGCUUUAGAUAUCCAUUUAUAAUGGAGAUCAGCAUUUAUUUGUAGUAUGACUAUAGGGUGAGUUUUACUGGUUUGGGGCCUUGGGGAAUAAAGUGGAAAGUUGGCAAAGGGAAACCAUUCCUCUCAAUAUCCAGUGUGAUGUCUACUUACUUAUUUCAAUAAGAUUUCUUAAGCGCUUAUCAUUUAAAAGGCAAUAUCAAUAAUAAAUCCACUGGACAAGACUUACAGUAGUUAUGUUAUUCUAUGCUAGUAAAUUGACUUGCUUCAUUGGCAUUGUUGAAGGGGUACUCCGGCGCUUAGACAUCUUAUCCCCUAUCCAAAGGAUAGGGGAUAAGAUGCCUGAUCGCUGGGGUCC